AUGGGCCAGCCCGGAUCCUGCCAAGCCAGGAAAGCUAGUUCAAUAUUCAAUCACAGACCACAUUCUGGAACACCUGAUAUAUCCGUGUUUUCAUCUUUCUUAUUCGGGACCCUAACUAACCCUAGGCCUUGCUUUUUCGAAAGCAAGCGAAAGAGAUCAAAAGAGUCUGCCAAGGAAAUUCAAUUACGUUCUAUUCGAAGCCAAUUAGAGCUUGCCGGAACCAGGAAGAAAGCAGCUUUCACGCUAACUGCUUGGCUACUAAGAACUUUUCAAAUACAAGAUCCAUUGACUCCGGGGCAUCACGUCUCUGGACGGACUUGUUACGGAACUAAUGAACUGGUUACGCCUUGGGGUCGUGCGGGGUUAACUAAAUCCUUCUACGACCCUGGCCGGGGUCUUUCAUCUGACUCAACAAGCAAGAGACUAGUUGCGGAAGGAAUAGGGCGAGCAACCCCUUAUUAG